UCUCUCUCUCUCUCUCUCUCUCUCUCUCUCUCUCUCUCUCACUCCAAUUACUGGGAGCGGUUGGCAGCGUCUGUGCUUGCACCUACACCACCACCGGAAAGGGAUGAUAGGCGAUCAUCUUGUUCAGGAGUAAGAGAGGCAGCAGAGUCAAAGGGCUGGACUAUGGUUCUGGAACAUGGCUUUGCGGCCCGCUCCCGGAUCCUGGGAGCCCCCAGCAGCUACCUGGCGCUCCUGCUGCUCCUGUCUCUGCACGCCACCCAGGUGGUCCAGUCCGACAUCGAGUUCCCCCGGGACCGCCACUUCUCAUGGCGAGAAGGUCAGUGGGGUCACUGCACGGGCGAGGAGUGCGGCUCCGGCGGGCUCCAGACCCGGACGCUGUGGUGCGUCCACACCGAAGGCUGGACCACCCACCACUCCCACUGCCCGCAGGCGGACAAGCCCGCGAGCCGGCGGCCCUGCUUCAAGGUGUGCGAGUGGCACCAGGACCUCUUCGAGUGGGAGGUGUCUCCCUGGGGCGACUGCUUCCUGGUGCCCUUCCUCGCCAACGAGCUGAGGCCCCGCCCCUCGGAGUGCGUGACGGCGCAGCACGGCGUCCAACGCCGCUCGGUUCGCUGCGUGCGCACGGCCAACCGCACGGCCGUGGCCACGCGGAUCUGCGAGUUCUUCUCCGGGAGGCCGUGGGCGGAGCAGGCCUGCCUGAUCCCGUGCCCCCAGGACUGCGUGGUGUCGGCGUUCACGGCCUGGUCGGGCUGUAGCAGGACCUGCGGCGCCGGCCUGCAGCACCGCACCCGGCACGUCCUGGCCACGCCCGUGUUCGGCGGGGCGCACUGCCCCAACCUCACCCAGACCCGGACUUGCUCCCACCCGAUCCCCUGCCCGUCGGGGGCCAGCGAGCACCGCUACAGCCUCAAGGUGGGCUCCUGGAGCGAGUGCCGGCUGCCCCACCACAAGGACCUGGGGUCGCUCGGAGGCAAGACGGCGGUGGACUACAGCGCCACCGCCGCCACCCCCGUGGAGAAGAACCUAGUGAAGCGGCACGCGCAGGACUCCCUGCUCACUCACCUCCCCCUCCCCCACCCCCACCACCAACACCACCACAGCCAGAACCUCCACGGUCAGCACCACCCCCACCACCACCUCCGCCGCCUCCACCACCUCGACACACAGCCCCAUCCCUUCAGCGGCCGCAUGUCCUGGGAGCUGGAGGUGGGAUAUCAGACGCGGCAGGUCCGCUGCACGCGGAGCGAUGGCAAGAACUCCAUGCUGAGUCUUUGUACCCAGGACGACUCCCCUUUGACCUUCCAGUCCUGUGUGAUGCCCAAGGACUGCGAGACGUCUGAUUGGUCCUCGUGGAGCCCCUGCUCCAAGACCUGCCGCUCCUCUGACCUGUCGCCCGGGUACCGGGUCCGGGCGCGGACGAUGGCGCAGAUUCCCAUUGGUGGAGGGAGAGAAUGCCCCACCCUUGAGGAAAAGGAAGCCUGCAACAUCAUCGGAGACCUGCUACCAAACUGCCCCAGGUUCGUGUGGAGGACCACCGACUGGGGCCUGUGUCGCGUGAGCCCCCUGCUGGGCCCUCAUGACCGGCGUGCGGGGAACACCAGCGUCCUCUGUGGAGGAGGGAUCCGCACCAGGGAGGUCUACUGCGUCCAGGUCCCCGACCCGUCAGCCCCCCAUCACAGGAAGGAGGUGUCGCGGCCCGUGAGCGCCGGGCUGUGUGCGGGGGAGGAGCCUCCCUCUGUGGUCCAGCUCUGCUCGCUGCCCUGCCCCCAGCCGUGCCUGCUGUCCCCCUGGUCCGCCUGGGAAGCCUGCCUGCCUGACAGCUGCCUGCAGCCCCAGGAGUCCCAGUUGAAGAAAGGCUUCAGACACCGCAGGCGCCGGGUGCUGUGGGAGCCGGCGGACCUGCCCUCCAAGGCCUGCCCCCACCUGCUGGAGUCGGCCCAGUGCGAGGAACCCUCCUGCUACCUGUGGCGCGUGCGGCCCCUCGAGGACUGCGUGCCCGGCGAAAGCGCCUGCGGACCGGGCACCGCCCGCCAGAACGUGACCUGCGUCGACACCGAAGGCGCCGAGGUCCCGGAGACCCGGUGUGCAGGGGAGCCUCCCCCGGCCUCCCUGCCGUGCGAGGUGCCGUGCCCCGGGGACUGCGUGGUCGCCCCCUGGGGCCCCUGGACCAGCUGCUCCCACCCCUGUGGCCCCCGGCGCCCGGACAGCCGCCAGACCCGCACCCGCUCCGUGGUGGCCCUCCCCGGGCAGGGCGGCAGAGGGUGUCCAGGAGGCCCCGCCCUGGAGGAGUGGCGGCCUUGCAGCGAUCACCCGUGCGCGCCCGUCUUCUGGCACGCCCGGUCGUGGGGCCCCUGCGUGGAGGACUCGGGGGUCAAUGCCAUCAACGGCACCGGCUUCUGGAACGCGACCCCCGACUGCACGGAGGGCGUCCAGAUCCGCGCGGUGGACUGCGUGAAGGCCGGCACCGGGCACGUCGUCAGCAAACGGUGUCCGGACUCUGCUCGGCCAGAUACCCUGCGACCGUGUGUGCUGCCCUGUAGGAGAGACUGCGUCGUGACGCCCUUCAGCGAAUGGACAGCCUGCCCCACCCACUGCACACAAGCGAACGCCACGGCGGCCACGCAGUCCCGAUACCGGACAGUGAUCCGGAGAGCGGCCCACGGCGGGCAGGAGUGUCCGGACACACUCUACGAAGAGAGAGAAUGUGAAUCUCUUCCCUUGUGUCCAGUCUACAGGUGGAAGACGAGCAAGUGGCACAGCUGCACGCUGGUUCCCGGUUCCGUUCGGCAAGGCGUGGCCGCCCCUGGGGAACCGUGUGGAAACGGUCUGGAGACGAGAGGGCUCAGCUGCAGCAGCGAGGAGGAGGAGGAGGCGGUGCCGAUCGCGGCGUGCCUGCGGUGGGCGGGGCCGGCGCCGCCCCAGGUCCGGGAGUGUCGCGUGGCCUGCCGGGACGACUGCGUCCUGACCGCCUGGUCCAAGUUCUCCGACUGCUCCGGCUGCGGCGGCUCCCGGACUCGCCGUCGGUCCCCCUCAGGCCGGAGCAAGAAGAAGGACCGCUGCCUGAAGGAGACGGCGUUCCCGCUGGCGGAGACGGAGGACUGCCCUUGCGACGACUUCCUGUCCCAGCCGCACGGCAACUGGUCGGCCUGCGUGCUGCCGGUCCCCACGGCCCCGCCCGGGGCCCUGCGGGGCUGGGGCCGGUACAACCGGAGGAAGGAGUGCGGCCCCGGACUCCGCUUUAAGGCCCUGGCCUGCGUGGACCGCAGCGGGCGCCUGGUGGACCCCACGCUCUGCACACACUCAGGCUACGAGACGGAGGUGUGCCACGUCCCGUGCCCCCUGGACUGCAAGCUGAGCGCCUGGACGGCGUGGACGGCCUGCAGCGCCCCCUGUGGCGGGGGCCUGAAGACCAGGUCCAAGUGGCUCCGCGAGAAGGCCUUCAACGGCGGCCGGCCCUGCCCCAAGCUGGACAUGAAGAACCAGGCCCAGGUGUACGAGGCGUUGCCGUGCUACAGCGAGUGCGGCCGCUACGUGUGGCGUGCUGAGCCCUGGUCCAUGUGCAACAUCAACGCCGUCGACGCGCAGCCUUCCUGCGGAGAGGGGGCACAGAGCCGCAAGAUCAGGUGUGUGUUGAGGGCAGCGGGAGAGGGCGGGGAGGCGACCAGCGUGGACGACUCCCUCUGCGACCAGGAGGAGGUCCCGGCAGCGGCCAGGGUCUGCGUGCUGCCCUGUCCCGGGGACUGCGUGGUCGCACCCUGGGGAGCCUGGAGCCACUGCCCCCCGUCCUGUGACCAGGGCGCGGCGAACCGGACCAGAAGCAGACAAGUCCUGAGACUCCCGGCCUCCACUGCCUCGCUGUGCCCAGAGCUGGUCCAGUCUGAGCCCUGCCUCACCAACACCACCUGCUUCCUGUACCAGUACAGGGCCACAGACUGGAGCACCUGCCAGCUGAGUGGCCACGCCGUGUGUGGGCGGGGCUUCCGCACGCGCCUGCUGGACUGUUUCCGCAGCGACGGGAAGCUGUUCGAGGCCGGCGUGUGCCAACAGCUCGGCCUCCCAAACGAGUGGAAGCUGUCCGAGAGCUGCGAGGUUUCCUGCCCCGUCAGCUGCCUCCUCUCCGAUUGGUCGCCCUGGACGGAAUGUUCGCACAGCUGCGGCAACGAAGGUCAGACCACGCGCUCCAGGAGGGUCCUCCAUCCGGCUGAGGAGGAGGGGCGUCCGUGUCCGGGCCAGCUCCUCCAGACCAGGUCCUGUCCCAUCAGGCCGUGCUACUCCUGGCUGCUCAGCCCCUGGUCCCAGUGCACCGUGGAGGGAGCGGACUGCGGCGAGGGGAUGAGGAGGCGGAGCCUGUCGUGCGUGGUGCAGUGGGCCACCGGCUCCUCCACCCUCUCCACCCAGCCGGUGGCCGACCGUCUGUGUGGAGACAGGGUGCUGCGCCACAGCCAGCAGGAGAUGGAGCUGCCUUGCUUCGUGCCCUGCCCAGGAGACUGUCAUCUGACGGAGUGGUCGUCAUGGAGCUCCUGUCAGCUGACCUGCCUGGAGGGGCGGAGCUUCGAGACCACUGGGCGUCAGGCUCGCUCCCGGGCCGUCAUCAUCCAGGUUCUGGAGAACCAGGACAGCUGCCCCCGACAGGUGUUCCAGACCCAGCCCUGCACAGGGGGGCGGUGCUACGACUUCCACUGGCGGACGGGCGGCUGGAGGGACAACGCCAGGGAGGUGUGGUGCCAGCGCUCCGACGGCCUCAACGUCACAGGGGGGUGCUUCUCUCAGAACAGCCCAACCACGGUGCGCUACUGUCACCCUCCGUGCACCAAACCUUUCUCCCGUUGCACACCGAGUGGGGUGUGCGGGUGUGAGCGCGGUUACACGGAGGUGAUGACUGCGCACGGUUUCCUGGACUACUGCACCAGAACUCCGGGCGCGGACCACAAGAAGGCCGACGUGAAGACCAACUCCGGGAGGUUCCGACCGGGACCGCCACACACCCAGGACUUCUUCAGUGAGUGGUCUUUGCGACCCGUGGGCCCAGAUGGAAGACUUAGGCUGUGGGUUUACGGCGUCACUGCGGUUGGAUUCAUCCUAAUACUGUUUGUAAUUACUGUAUCAUUCCUGCUCUGUAAACCCUUCAAGCCCCCCAAGUCGUCCUCCCCGCCCCAGAAGGCGCUGACCCUGGCCUACGACGGCGACGCCGACAUGUGACCCCGCCUCUCGUUCACCUCCGCGAGAAAACGCAGCUGGCCCGGAACAGACGCAGACCCCCCCCCCCCCCUCCCUGCAGACUCUUUUCCCACACCGCAUUGCCUACCACCCACCCACUCCAUCUGGCUGUUGGUCUGUCCGUACCACUGUUGCUCCGGGGUCGGUGGCGGUCAUUAGCCGGACGUUCGGCGACCAGCGGACGCGUCACGCCUCGUGGGUUGAGCAACAAGUUUAAAGACUGACCCGUCCCGUGCUCUCGAACACGGGACGAACCCGACGGCCGUAGUCCCAUCGUGUCCAAAAUGCUAUCGUGUCGUCCCGAAUGAUUGGAUUUCAGUCUCUAAAACUCUUUUGACAGACUAUAACGUACAGAGAAAAUGUUCUCUUGUGGACUUUGUACGCAUCGAGAUGCCUUCGUGAAGAGGUGUGUUAGGGACUAAACGCAGAUUCCUCCAACCCCAAGGAGGGUUCCUGUUUGCUGGAGACAGGCACCUGUGUGGUGGAGACAGGCACCUGUGUGAUGGAGACAGGCACCUGUGUGAUGGAGACAGGCACCUGUGUGGUGGAGACAGGCACCUGUGUGGUGGAGACAGGCACCUGUGUGAUGGAGACAGGCACACUUGUGGGCUAGAGACAGGCAUCCGUCGCCUUGGUGAGGCAGACACAGUUCAGAGACUGGGGAAGUUGGACCAAUGGAACAUGUGGAUGUUUGAUUUGUGGGACUUUUAAAGAUAUCUCAAUAGGUCCCAUGUUGUGAAACAAAGCCUUUGUUUGACAAACUGAUCGAAAAGAAAAAGAGCUCUAUGCACUACAUUAGUGCUUAUUCAUUUUUCUGUUUCUUGAUUUUAUUUCAAACAACUUUUCUAGUGUUUAAACUGUAACGGUGGGUUGAAUUGUGUUUAUGUUUACGAUGCCAUAUUUGGUUGUGGGUAUGGUUGAUUGUGUGUGUGUGGGUGAUUGUGCGUGCGUUUGUGUGCAUGCAUGUGUGUGUAGGGAUUCUGAGUAAACCAAAUGCAAGCUUGCCUUGACUUUUUCUUUUAGUACUAACAUAGUGACCCACAAUUUCUCCCAACUCUCGUCAAAGGUAUGACUAAAUUACAUUUAAAAGUGGUUUGGUUUUGUUUGUAAGGAAAUGAAUCGCAUAAUGCCAUCUAGGUGUUUUAAAUCUGUGAAUCUGUUCAGCACAACAUCAGGGACCAUGUACUCAUGGUAAUUGAAAGAACUAAGUGAUUGACUUGAAUGUAUUUAUUUAUAUAUUUAUUUACCAUGGAUAUUUGUCGUUUUUCACGAUGAAGACAAUGUGGGUUUAUGCUGAUGAUUUAUUCUUCUUAUUCAUUCUUAAUUUGUGUUUUCUAUAAAUCUUUCAUUCUGCUGCCAUGACAACAACAAAAUAAAGAGCGGAAAAGGGUGAUCUUUUAUGCAGUCCAGACCAGAGGAGUGCUUCAAAUUCAAAUCACUUACAGCCCGGUAGUAUGGCAAUGCUUUCCACCAGCACUCUUUACAAAUCACUGCAUCCUCUGAACCCAAAUAAUCUCAAACUGCUGACCGCAUUAUUCAUCAGACCCAGAAUUGAAAAUUCAUGCAUAUUUUUUUAAACUGUAAUCAUAGGUUGUCUUCUUGCACUUAAGUGUACCGCUUAACCAAUUGAGUUUCGUUGUUUCUUUUAAAUUUAUUUUUCAAUUGUGAAUCCCAAAAGUUUUUUCACAAAUAACUAUAAUCUAUCUGGUUGUUAGAAUCGUUCAAGAACGAUUCUAUUUCAACAGCCAUUGUAUGUAUGCAUGCUUGAUCUUUUCUGGUUUGAAGCUACAAGUGACCUUGCAAUGACCCCGUUUUACAUGGUACCAAAACAUUUGAUUGCUGUUUACUUUAGAUAUGUUUCCAUUGAUAUUUGGCUCGUCAAAAUGACAGAAUACAGAUGACGUUCAAGAUAUUUCAUUUGGGACAUGACCAACGUGUUAUGGAUUUCUCAAAGACCAAAUGAUUGGCCGCCUUCUGAUAUCUUCUCUAUUAGAGGUUGCAGCCAACCACUUUGAGGCCUGUCAUGUCAGACUUAUCAUUUUCAUGGCCGUUAUUACAGAGUAUUUGGACUGUAUGUUAAACCAUUAUUUACACUGAUAUCAAACCAUUUGUGUGUCUAUCGUGUGUAUCUGGUUGGGGAAAGAGAUGGUGACAAAGGCAAAUAAAUUGUUGUACAUUCUA